GAAAGUCACCGCCGGCUUUUCCAACCAGAAGUUGAUCCAAAAGCCGUCAACUUCUUCCUCUCUACCCUUCAAAAACCCUAAACAUAAACAAAUCCAUAUCUCCCCCUUGUCCUUUUUUCAAAAAAAAAAAAAAAAACAGUUUACUCUUCCACGAGCAUCGAUUGGUUCAACAAAGAAACAUGGGAUUUAAGACAUUAAUUAAAGGUAGAUGGGUGGAGGAUGUCAGCUUCGUACCUUUUCUGCCCUUCACAAUUAAUGGACUCGGUCAGAGGAUUGGGGAUGACCAUAGAUCACCGAUGGCGUUUUUCCUGGAAGAAGACUAUAAGUUUCUAUUUGUGGAUUUCUAGGAUUUGUCUUGGAACGACGAAUUUGCGGAGUUUGCUGAUCUGUGUUACUAUGUUAGUAUAGUUACUCCUCACGUCAACUUCAGCCUUGAGAUUCUGGCUGCUGGUUUUGAUAAAGCUGAGAAAUGUCGGGAGGUAAAAUUUUGUUGUUCGGAGCAGCUGUGGCAGUUUCAUGCUUGUUUCUUGUGCAACCCGCCAGAGCACAGAUAACUGAUCCGUCUGAAGUCGCUGCUUUGAAGGCUAUCAGGAACAAAUUGUCUGACCCAAUGAAUAAUUUGAGGACUUGGAGCGAUGGAGAUCCAUGCUCAUCAAACUGGAAAGGGGUUAUUUGCUUUAACUCUACGUUGGCGGAUGGAUAUCUGCAUGUAGAAGAACUGCAGCUGCUAAAGAUGAAUUUUUCUGGAAGUUUAGCUCCCGAGUUUGGUCAGCUCUCUUACCUGAAGAUAUUGGAUGUCAUGUGGAAUCAGAUUAGUGGCAGUAUACCAAAGGAGAUAGGCAGUAUUAAAUCGUUGAAGCUUCUGCUUCUGAAUGGUAAUCAGUUAUCUGGUCCUUUACCAGUGGAGCUUGGGUAUCUUCCUAAUUUAGAUAGGAUUCAGAUAGAUACGAACAAUAUAUCGGGGCCGAUACCCAAAUCAUUUGCAUUAUUGAAUAAAACACGUCAUUUCCACAUGAACAAUAAUUCACUGAGCGGGCAAAUCCCACCGGAACUUUCAAGACUUCCUAGUCUUGUUCACUUGUUGCUGGACAAUAACAACUUAACGGGAUUUCUUCCCCCAGAACUAUCAAGGACACCGAGCUUGCUUAUUCUUCAACUAGAUAAUAAUAAUUUCAGUGGGGCUUCUAUUCCAGCUUCGUAUGGUGGUAUGGCUAAACUUUUGAAGAUGAGUCUUAGAAAUUGCAACUUACAAGGAGAAGUACCUGAUUUGAGUAGCAUACCCCAGCUUGGCUACUUAGAUCUUAGCCAGAACCAAUUGACAGGAAACAUUCCAUCUAAUAAGCUUUCCAAUAAUAUCACUACAAUCGACCUGUCAAGCAACUCUCUUACUGGUCCCAUCCCUGAAAACUUUUCCCGUCUUCCAAAUCUCCAGAGACUUUCACUCGAGAACAAUCAUCUGAUUGGAUCUGUUCCAACUGCUGUAUGGAAGAGUAUAGUUUUUACUGGAAAUAGAACUCUUCUUCUGGACUUCCAGAAUAAUAACCUCACUAACAUAUCUACCUCUCUAAAUCCUCCUGCAAAUGUCUCCAUCUUGUUAUAUGGCAAUCCUGUAUGUUCGAAUGCAAACCAACUUAAUAUUGAGCAAUACUGUCAAUAUCAGUUAAUAAACCAAUCAUCUGGUAGCUCAGGGAACUCCAAAAUAAGCUGUGGCCCAUGCCCCAGUGAUCAAGGCUAUGAAUACAAUCCUCUUUCUCCCCUCUCUUGCUUUUGUUCCAUCCCACUUGAAGUUGGUUAUCGAUUAAAGAGUCCAGGAUUUUCAAAUUUCCUUCCAUACAUGGAUGACUUUGACGGUUAUUUAUCAUCCGGUCUUGAAUUGGCUCUCUAUCAAGUGUUCAUUGAUUCAUUUAUCUGGGAAGAAGGUCCAAGAUUGCGGAUGAAGCUGAAAUUAUUCCCAAAUAAUACCAAUUUAUUUAACGACAGUGAGGUUCUACGAAUCAGAGGAAUGUUCACAGGAUGGUUGAUUCCAGAUUCAGGAAUUUUUGGACCAUAUGAACUACUAAACUUCACUUUGGGAUUUUAUUCUAAUGUGAUUUCACGUUCAGGUUCAAGGUUAAGUGCUGGUGCUGUAGUGGGCAUUGUAUUAGCAUCGGUGGCAUUGGCAGUUGCUCUAUCAACUUUGGUAACUAUUUUUUUAAUGAGGAGGCGUUUUAAAUACCAAGCAGCCUCAAAAAGGCGAUCAAUAUCAAGAAUUCCCAUAAAAGUUGAUGGUGUGAAGGGGUUUACAUUUGAAGAAAUGGCAUUGGCGACAAAUAAUUUUAGUAGCUCCUCUCAAGUUGGUCAAGGUGGGUACGGAAAGGUUUACAGAGGAAUCUUAGCUGAUGGAACAGUUGUCGCAAUAAAACGGGCACUAGAAGGCUCUUUACAGGGAUCAAGAGAGUUCUUCACCGAGAUAGAACUUUUAUCGAGGUUGCAUCAUAGAAACCUAGUUUCUCUGGUUGGUUAUUGUGACGAAGAAAACGAACAGAUGUUGGUGUAUGAGUUCAUGCCAAAUGGUACAUUGCGUGAUCACCUAUCUGCUAAAUCCAAGGAGGCUUUGAGCUUUGCAAUGAGGCUGAGCAUUGCGUUGGGCUCUGCAAGGGGCAUAUUAUACUUGCAUACAGAAGCGGAUCCCCCUAUUUUCCAUCGCGAUAUCAAAGCAAGCAAUAUAUUGUUAGAUUCGAGGUUUGUUGCUAAGGUUGCUGAUUUUGGACUGUCACGACUUGCACCAGCACCUAAUAUUGAAGGUGAUCUGCCCGGUCAUGUGUCAACUGUGGUGAAGGGUACCCCGGGUUACCUUGACCCAGAAUAUUUCUUAACUCACAAGCUGACUGACAAAAGUGAUGUCUACAGCCUUGGAGUAGUGUUUUUAGAACUAUUGACUGGGAGACAACCAAUUUUGCAUGGAAAAAAUAUAGUUCGGGAGGUUACAUUGGCAUAUCAGUCCGGCAUGAUUUUCUCAGCCAUCGAUAGCCGCAUGGGUUCAUACCCUUCGGACUGCGUCGAGAAGUUCAUCUCAUUGGCUCUUCGGUGCUGCCAAGAUGAGACUGAUUCGAGGCCUUCUAUGCCUGAAGUAGUCAGAGAGCUCGAUAUCUUAUGGCGCAUGACUCCAGAAACAGAUACUUCCCCAUUAGAAUCUGUGGUUGGAGGGUUUAAGGAUGCGAAGGCGGUGCCGGAAUCAUCAUCGCUGGUGGAAACUCAGCCUUACGUGUCGUCCGACGUCUCCGGCAGUAACCUCAUCAGUAGUGUGAUUCCUCCCAUUACUCCUCGCUGAUGAGUUGUAUAAUUUGUAACGUAUAUUUUUCUUUCUGUAGAUAAAAUGAAAAUAUAGUUCAGCAAGCAUUGUUUCUGUACAAUUUGUUGUGCUGAAAUUCUGUGCCUAGAGGAAAAGAAUCAGAUCUUUUUAUUCUUUUUUUAGAAUUUUUGUUAUGGCUGAUAAUCAUACGAACUGGUGUUGUGUAUUUUAGUAGUGAGAUGGUUUUCUCAGUUUUAGAGUU